AUGAGUUCCUCCAUGAAGAAGAUCUUGGUCGUGCUGGGUGCCACGGGGAAUCAAGGUGGCUCCGUGGCUCGAGCAUUCCUCAGCGACACGGCUUUGGCUAGUCAUUGGCACGUACGAGCAAUCACCCGUAAUCCGUCGUCCGAAUCUGCCGCCAAGUUAUCGAAACUUGGCGCGGAAAUGGUAUCUGCCUCUCUCGACUCCAUCUCGGAGCUCAAGUCAGCUUUCGCAGACGCUACAGCAAUCUUUGCAGUCACAGACUUUUGGAGCGCCAUACGAACCCAAGAAGUCGCCGAUAGGGUCCGAAGCGAGGGAGUCGGCCUCGCCAUCGCUGCCCAGGACCUGGAGGAGGCAUGGGGCAGAAACCUCGCAGCAGCUGCAGCGGCUAUACCGACGCUGGAACGCUUCAUCUUCAGCAGUCUUCCGCCAGUCUCCAAGCUCAGUCGAGAAAGGCUCAAGCACGUUCACCAUUUCGAUGGCAAGGCCAACAUUGUCAGAAAUAUCCAACAGGAAUAUCCCGCCCUAUGGAACAAGACCUCGCAGAUCUUGGUCGGAUUCUACAACUCCAACAUUUUGCCCGGCUCCUAUUUCGGUCCGCGUUUUAACUCGGAGUCGGGAAAGAUCGAAUUCGAGGGCCCCGUGAGCGACGAUACUCCCAUACCGUUCAUCGACGCGCCGUCCAGCACCGGGAUCUUCGUCAAGACACUGGUACUCACCGAGCCUGCCGGCACAAUCUUGGCGGCUUACGACGAAAUGAAGUCUCUAAGAGAGUGCAUCGAGGUGCUGCGCGAGAAAACAAGCCGGGACUUUGUUUUUCUGCAAAGAACCGUUGAUGAGAUGGCGGCUGAAUCGCUGCUGGGUCGUGAGGCUCCUGAGAGCUGGGUUUGGCUCGCAGAGUAUGGUUUGUUUGGAGAGAAAGUCAAUGGCUGGAAAGAGUCACUGACGGCGCCGACGGGUCUCAAGGCAAAUGUUACAGCGGUGAACCUCAACGAGUGGCUUUCGGAACAGGAUUGGAGCAAGGCAUUCCAAUCAGUCUGA